AAUUCUCGGAGCAGAAUUCUAUAUAAAAAGAGGCAGCACGGCAGCGCCUGACGCAGUCAAUUUAGGAAACAACGGCCCAUCCAUCAUGGAGUCCCUUCGAUAUAUGUCCUUAGCACUAACUGUUCUGAUUACUGCAGCCAAACCUUCGAACAUCCCGGGUCCUAAUGGCCUUUACACAAAGGUGUUCCGCAAGACUUAUAACUUGGGGACUUCGAGUGAGCUCUACACUUACACCCCAGACUUGUCGACCAAAGGAAUCGACGAUGACAUUGAAAGUGUCCAUCAAACUGGCAUAGGCCAAUCCUUCACGGGCCCUGAAAGGGUCUGCGUUUAUCCUGCCACAUUUCAUGACCGGUCGCCUUCGGGAGAGCAGCUUGACGUCGGUAUUUAUGGAGUCGUAACUACUCUUGGACUACCUGAAGACAGCAUCCGCUCCAUACGAAAGGGAUGUUGGUCAAGCAAGGUUGCGACUCCUUCAGACCUCAGCUACCAACACAAAGACUCCAAUGGUGGGUGGGGAUACGUUGGACUCUAAAAUGAAGACAGGCUCCAAGACAACGGUUGAUUUGCAUGUUUAAAUUUGGAUGUUAUGAGCUACUUAUUUGGGAAUUCAAAUCAUAUUUGGGUGUU